AUCGCACGACCUUACACUCCAAUCUCCUACGAUAGUAAUCAUAUCGAGCUAUUGGUUCGUAGAUAUGAGACAGGCACUGUUAGUAAGCAUAUUCACUCGUUAAACGAAGGCGAUACUCUUCGUAUUCGUGGACCAUUGGAGUCAUUUCCUUACAAAAUCAACUGUGUCAAGCAUGUUAGUAUGAUUGCUGGUGGAACAGGCAUUGCUCCAAUGUACCAACUCAUGACUAAAAUUCUUAGUAGUCCCAAUGACAAAACUUCCAUUCAGUUGAUCUAUGCCAGUAAGGACAACCAAAAUAUUCUUCUUAAAAAGGAACUGGACCAGUUGCUCAAGUCAUAUCCUGAUCAACUGAGAAUUAAAUAUUUGGUGGAUCGUGCAAAUGAACCACUCACACCCGAUGUACAAGUUGGAUUUAUGGAUGAAAAACAACUUGAAACUGUUUUACCUCACACAAAUACAAAAUAUCCCUUCAAGAUUCUCGUUUGCGGUCCUGAUGGGAUGAUUCGCAGUAUUGCUGGGCCUAAACUAUCCGAGGAAAAACAAGGACCAGUUGGGGGAAUUUUAAAGCAUAUGGGAUACAAUGAUACUCAAGUAUUCAAACUGUAA